AGUGUGAAGCGCACAGUCAACUGGUGCUGCUCUUGUCGAUGAGCACGGACCGGACCGGACUGGGCGGAAUCUGCUGAUUGGAAAAUUGCCGAUUGACAACGUACACUACGGUCAGUCAAGGGACAGUUUCAGUCGUGAAGACACGUACCAUCUGGGAUGGUCGGGAGUGCAGCCCCAAUAGCAGUCGAUCCGUCGGACUAGCACUAGGUUGCUGUUAAGGGAUAAUCGUAUUUUUUAGUGUGCAAAAAAAUUUUGCUCAUACGUGAGAAAUAAAUCUAGAACAGAUUGUGGCAGGCGCAGUUUGUUGUUUGCUCCCGGCAGAACGCUGGAGUUCUUAUCGCUUGAAAAUGCGUGAAGGCUGAUGCUUGAUGGGCCGUUUCCAUGAACUUCUGCUUCCAGUGGAAUGUGCUUAAGUGACAAGUUUACCGUCUAUAAAUGUAAGAAUAAAGUGUUGACGAAAGUUCUACGUAAUGAAUAAAUUUAUAACAAAGUGAAUUGUAAGGUGCUAUUGGAAUUUCUUGUUGGAUACUGUGCUGAUGAUGUUUACUGUUACCACACAUUUAUCUGAUUCUGAGCAUCCUUUGUAAAUCUGACCUCAGCACAGAAAACCCAACAACUGCCGCUAUCCCAAGGAUGUAAUAAUAUGGAGGAUACGAUUAACCGCUCAAGCUCGUUUCGCUUUCGUUGUUUCGUUGGUACCGGCCUACAGUGGAAAUUUUUUGUUCCAAUUUCCUUCUACACACGUAUCUUACGACUUCUCCUGCUACAAUUGGAUCUACCGGAAGACCUGGAUUCCAGCGAUAGCAGCAGCAGCAGCACCGUCCAGUAAGCGAGAAACCCGCAACAGAAGACAAUCAACAUCACAACACCGGGAGCGUCUCACGCGCGGUUACGCAAGUCCAUCCGGCGACGACGCCACCGCCGAUACGAUCACCGCACCUCACCGGGCGGGGUGGCCGCGUACUGAUCUGGAGCAGUCGAUCUAAUUCGCGUGCAGUUCACAGUGCAUUCGAGGCGAGCGAAGACGAGUUUCGCCGGUGUGAACUCGAACGCGGCAACGUGAACCUGUCGACGAAGAACGCAAUCAUUGAGCAUUACAUAUUUAAAUUAGUUUAGUGCCUACACAAAUUAUCGCCAGUUAGCGCGUUGAACGGAAUUCUCUGCUCUGCCGCUGCGGGAAGUCGAUGAUGAAUGUUGCUCACAGGCAAGUUAGUUGAUAAACAUAAACUGCGAGUGCCUUUGCAAGGGAAAAGAACAAACGGUUUUGUGUCUACUAAUCUUGAAGUGAAAUUCAUCAUACCGAGAGAGAGAGAGAGAAAAAAAAGUGCAGUGACUGGCUAUGCAAUUAAUAAUAAUAAUGCGUGAAUACUUAACUGAUGGGCGCACGAUUCCAGUCACAUCCGUGCAGGAAAGGAAUAUAUUCAAGAUUAUCACCGGGAAUGUUACAGUUCCCUUUGGCGCGUGAUUUGCUUUCGGCUGGAAUGAGUACCGCAUUUUGUGAUUGACCUAACGCGAGUUUGGACGUGCAACGAAAUUUUUGACGUUCGUUAACAAGUGCGAAAAAAUAACGUUCACAGUCAGUUAGUUAAACUUAAAAUUUUCAUUUGCUGCGCCACUAGAAGAACCCGCCUAUGUAAAUAUUUUAUAAAAGUGUUUGAUAGACCGUAUGCAUGAUUUUCGUAUGAUUGUUAAGUUUGAAUUCCGUAUUAUCGUGAACGUAGAGUUUUGUUUGCCAUCUUUAUCGACACGGUGGUGAUAGAAAAAGGAUGACGCCGAAGGAGUGGCUAGCGUUGGCAGCCUUCUACGCUGCAUAUUUAUUCUUUGGAGCCUGCGUGUUCUAUCACAACGAGCACGCGAUGGAGACGGAGCGCCGUGCCGAGGAGCUGGCGGAGCGGAUCGAAAUAAAUGAACUGCUCACCAAAUACCUAGUCCCAGAGGAUACGGAACUACAAAAUGAGCUGCUGGAUCGGCUUUCCGAUUACUGCUCGAAGAAGGUCACCAACUACACGCUGGACGAGUACGACCCACCGUACGUGUGGGAUUUCUACCAUUCAUUCUAUUUUGCUUUCAUCGUGUGUUCAACCAUUGGCUAUGGUAAUAUCUCCCCCAAUAAUACGUUUGGACGGAUCUUCAUGAUUUUCUACGCACUGAUUGGUCUUCCGGUGAAUGGCUUUUUCUUCGCCUUCGUGGGUGAGAUGUACAGUCGGACGUUCAUCAAACUUCACCGGCGCUACAAGGCGUACAAGUUGGCGUUCGAUUCGCACUACGUCCCGCCGCAGCUUAAUCUGAUCGGACAGGUCGUGCUGUAUCUGAUUCCGGGGAUCGUCAUAUUCAUUUUCAUUCCGAGUAGCAUUUUUUGCUACUUCGAAAAGUGGCCCUACGAUGUUGGCGUUUACUACGCUUUUGUAACGCUGACUACCAUCGGGUUUGGCGAUUACACCAGCACCUUUGAGCCUUCUCAGCAUCACGAGUUUGGAACGAUUUUCAUCGUCUACGAGAUAUUCGUGGUUUUGUGGUUCUUCACCGGCGUUGGUUAUGUGUUUAUGAUUCUAGGUUUUAUAGCAAAGGGCCUGGCGCAUAAAAAACUCCAACGACUGGAAAAAAUAGUAGCUAUGAAUGUGAUGGAGACUCAACAACGUGUUUGGCAAGGCGUUACCAGAGAUGUAAGCUAUCUUAGGAAGAUACUAAACGAAGUUUACAUGCUCAAGUUCAAGCCGGUAUACAACGAACCAUCGGAUCCAUACAACAGAACCAACAUUGGCCGUUCGAACUCCUGUCCAGAACUGACGAUGUAUCGCGAGCAGGAACUCGAUCCUUUAACUCUGGCCAGAAAGCGAGCAUGCUCGAUGUGUGUUCCGGGUAUUGAGCUGCCAACUGACAGGUCCAAAUCGAUUGUAAGCAUUUCUUCGAUCGGUCGGCGUCUGUCGGAUACCGACUUGAAUCGAAUCAAUCGGGAGAAAACAUUCGGAAUGCAGGCGAUGGUACAACCGGCCGAAUUGUUGGCUCGAGUUGUAACUGCCUUGGGUAACAUGGCACCGGUUGACGAUGACGCACAAAGCAUCCUAGAGCAGGCGUCUCUGACUGCCGGCAUCAAUUGCUUCUCGGAUUCCCAAAUCUUGGCUAGUGAGAAAACAUCGUCGGGUUGGUCGAUGAAUGGAGCCGACAAGCAUGGUUUUCUAUCGCCCUCAACGAUGCGACCCCGCGCGUCAUCCGACAUUGGACUUCCACCGCAUCCACCGCCUACGAACUUAAACGACUGGACGUGGAGUGUUGGUGAUAACAUCCAGAUCAAGGAAUUGAUGAAAGCACGCCACAAAGCACAAAAAUCAGGAGACAGUUUGCUGCGGGCAGCAAUCAACAACAGCAAGCAGUAUGGAUCAAAUCAUUCGGUCAACGUGCCACCGGUUAGAGACGAACUGCAAUCAUCCAUAUCGACCACCAAUCGAACGCUUCUACAGCGGCUGAAUCCCUUCCGAAAGCGAUCAUCCGCUUUCGCAGGAAAGAAAAAUCCACUUUUCGACGUGGAAGCUUCUCGCCCAGUGGACAAAUAUCUGAAACAAACGGCCAAAGGCCGAGCUUCAAUGUUCAACUACCCCCAACAGCACUACCUUGCGAACACCGCUACCGGCCGUCGAAGCCUUUUCGUGCUUCCAACGCACGACGAGCAGCAAAUCCUGGAAACCACCACCAUCGGCGAUCUAAUUCGAGCCCUGGAAAUAAUCCACACCACCAACGCCACGGUUAGUCACAACGACGAUUUGCCAAAACGGAAAAUAGGCACCGCAACCCCGCCCAAAGUGCCAUCCUUCAUGAACCUCUUCGCUAACCCUGCGCAUGAUGCCGGUUCACGAAGGGGAUCUCUCAGACCUCCACUGAGUCAAUCUCUGAGCAAUCCAUUUCCACCUAAUCCACUAAGCGUCAGUUCUAUUCCACCAUCCAACCCUCCACCAUACAGUGCUUCGGCCACCACAACCGGUUACGUCAGUUCCCCCAUACCGAUGCGGCGACGCUUCAGUGUCCGUCCGUCCAAUCUUGCUCUUCCGCCCGGCAAGUGUCCUCGCUCUGCCAGCAUAUCGCUGGACACGCACGCAAAUCCACUAUCCGGCUCGUCGGGUUCGAUUCACGUUCCCACAACCCGGCAGCGACGUCUUUCCGCCCGACUCAGUACUCUAGCGAAUCAAAACCAAAAUCUGCACCUCGUACCGUCGAUGAUCGGAGCCGGAGCGGGAUCCUCCCUCGGUGGGGCACCAUCAAAACUCAAACCCUGGCGGCCGGCACUGUUGCGAUCGGAUUCGGAACAAAUAGCACCCCCAACGCCACGAGCGCGGCACAGAAGUCUGGACCAUUUGCAGGAGCGCAAGCGAACGGAGUCCAGUUGACCGCGGCUUCCGGAAAGCGAAUAGUAAUUGAAACAAAUCAGUAUUUCCUCACUAAGGAGUAAUAAGUCAUAGUUGUUAGUAGUUUUAUUGCUAUAGAGAUACAAAAACAGACAAACAGUGAACAUGUAGUAAAGCAAUAUGAGACCGACCACAUCACAGGUGUGGUUCAUCGGAAACCAAUUCCAGUCAAAAGGUUGUGCCUAUGAAAAGCCAUUCCCUCUAGGCUUAAGCUUUGUUUUGUUACCAUUAGUGAAUAAUAAAGAAUAGCAUUUUAUUUUAGUUAUAAUGAAUCAUUCCGAUCGAAAAUGAUACACAUAUAUGCAAUAGCUAAGUGCCUUAUUGCUCUAGAACUGUUAGAUCGUUUGGAUACUUUA